AAAACUGGACUGAUGGACAUUUCAGAACUUUGUCUUCCAGACCCUCUCAGCUAUCAUAACCAGGCUUUGUUGUCCAAUUCAUUAGAGAGAUUCCUGAGUCCACUGGCCACGCUGGAGCCCUCUCAUUUCUGGCUGCUGAAUAGAAUGGCCGCUGAUGACCGGCACCUACCCUCCAGUUGUGGGUCCUACAUCAAGACGGAGCCAUCCAGCCCCUCCUCGGUCAUCGACACGGUCAGCCACCACAGCCCCAGCGGCAACUCAGACGCCAGCGGCGGCUAUGUCAGCGCUAUGAACAGCCACUCCAACGGCCUGGACUCUCCACCUAUGUUCACCCCCAGCGGGCUCGGGGCCGGCACUUGCCGCAAGCGCUAUGACGACUGCUCCAGCACCAUCAUGGAGGACUCGUCCAUAAAGUGCGAAUACAUGUUGAACUCCCUCCCCAAGAGGCUGUGCCUGGUCUGUGGAGAUAUAGCCUCGGGGUAUCACUAUGGGGUGGCCUCUUGUGAGGCCUGCAAAGCCUUUUUUAAAAGGACAAUACAAGGUAACAUAGAAUACAGCUGUCCUGCCACAAAUGAGUGUGAGAUCACAAAACGGAGACGCAAAUCAUGUCAGGCUUGUCGCUUCAUGAAAUGCCUCAAAGUGGGGAUGCUCAAAGAAGGUAAGAAGAGGGUUCGUCUGGACCGCGUGCGAGGGGGCAGACAGAAGUACAAGCGGAGGUUGGACACAGAAAACAACCCGUACCUGGGUCUGACGCUCCCCCCUCCCACCAAAAAGCCUCGUGAGUACUGCUCCGUCACUAGCCCAUUGUCUCCCUGCUCCGGCGACCCUCCGCUGCCAGGACAGCAUGCAGUCACAAAGAUAGUGUCUCACCUGUUGGUGGCUGAGCCAGAGAAGAUCUAUGCCAUGCCCGACCCCACCAUGCCGGAGAGCGACAUCAAGGCUCUGACCACGCUGUGCGACCUGGCUGACCGCGAGCUGGUGGUCAUCAUCGGCUGGGCCAAGCACAUCCCAGGCUUUUCCUCCCUCUCUCUGGGAGACCAGAUGAGUUUACUGCAGAGCGCCUGGAUGGAGAUCCUCAUCCUCAGCAUCGUGUUCCGCUCUCUGCCGUACGAGGACGAGCUGGUGUACGCCGAGGACUACAUCAUGGACGAGGAGCACUCGCGGCUGACGGGCCUGCUCGACCUCUACGUCUCCAUCCUGCAGCUGGUCCGCAAAUACAAGAAGCUCAAAGUGGAGAAGGAGGAGUUUGUCACCCUCAAGGCCAUCGCUCUCGCCAACUCAGACUCCAUGCACAUAGAGGAUAUGGAGGCGGUCCAGAAGCUUCAGGACGCCCUCCACGAGGCCCUGCAGGACUACGAGAGCAGCCAGCACCAGGAGGACCCGCGGCGGGCGGGCAAGCUGCUCAUGACCCUGCCUCUGCUGCGGCAGACGGCCACCAAGGCCGUGCAGCACUUUUACAGCAUCAAGGUGCAGGGGAAGGUGCCCAUGCACAAACUGUUCCUGGAGAUGCUGGAGGCCAAGGUCUGA